GUUUCCAUGACUCUCUAAUGGCCAAAACGGUAUAUAUAUAAACAAUUGUACACCUCCAUGCAUCCUAUAUAAACACAACUUGGUCCAACAUUCUUUAGUAUUGGAAAAAGCUAUGAUGGAUUUUGAGUAUCAGAAGAUGUCAUCAACGAGCAAAAUUCUCUCAAGGAGAUCCUCAAUGGAGUGCUCCUCUCGCAUCUCUUAUUAUAGGAGCAGUGAAGGGGUUCCAUUCAAAUGGGAAAUGCAACCUGGGAUUGCAAAGGGACAACAACCAAGAGAAGUUCUUCCUCCACUGAGUCCUCCACCAGCACUUCUCAGCCUAGGGCUACCCAAGCCAUGCAUUCCAGACCCCAAACCUUCAACAAGGUCAAGGUUAAGGUUUUGGAAGAAAAGGGUAAAACGUGGAAAAAGCAAAAAGUCACCCUCAUCGUCCCAUGAUUGUUUUCAUGAAGAUGAUGUUAUUGGUUUGGACAUAUUAGAUUGCAGCUCUGAUUCUGAGUCUAACUCUAUGGCAUCACCUCGUGGUUCUAGUUUCUCUUCUUGGUCGUCUAUGUCGUCAUUCAUGAAAAGUCCUACUAAUACUAUCAGAGAGGUAUGUGGAAGGCCUUCGACCUUAGGUUGCUUCCCCAUGCAUGUUAGCAGAGUUUUCGUUUCCAUUGCAAGGCGUGAUUGAAACAACACUAGUAUGCAGUUAUUACUUUUUACAUUAGAGUGAUAUUCGCACACUCACAUUAUUUUUCAUUUCUAAAAAUUUAAUCAUCGUCUAAUAGUAAUUUAUCUGAUCAGAGCCUCUCUGCAAAUUAAGUCUAACGCUGCGACUUCAUCAACUGCUGUAAAGAUAUUAGUUCAACUAAUGUAACAGUUUAUUAUUCUUUA